UUUGAAGAAAUGAGCAGCACAGAAUCAAGACCACUGAAGUGAAGAGUGGAUAAAUCUGGAUCAUUAGUAAGUUCAGAGAAUCAUGAAGGAGUUUUUCUGUCUUCUUCUCUUUACUCUUCACUUUACUGAAGGUUGUUAUCUUUUAGUUCAAGGUCAGUCUAAAGCAGUUACAGGUUACACAGGUGGAUCAGUCCUGCUGCCCUGCUCAUGUGUUUACCCUCAUUCUACAAAACAGACACUCAGAUGGAGCUACUACAACAGAAUGGAAUACAAGUGGACUGAAGUGUUUAAAGAAGAGAAAUAUAAGAACAGACUGAAGCUGUUCAAUCAAACAUCUACUGAUCUGUCUUUGCUCAUUUCUGACUUGAGUAAAGAGGAUGAAGGGGACUAUAUGUGUCAAACUUCACAAAGUUCUACAUCAAUUAGGGUAACAAUAAAAGGCUGUUAUCUGGAUGAGAAUAAACAGACGCUUGAGGUGACGGGACACUCAGGAGAGUCUGUAGUUUUGCCCUGUUCCUGUACUGAACUACAGGCUAAACCUCAACAGCUUACAUGGACAUUUACUGCACUAAAGCCCAGAGGAAAACCUGAAGAAAUGUAUCCAGAUGAGCAGAGCGAGAGACACAGAGGUCGAGUCAAACUACUGAAUGAAGGAUCUCCAGGAAAUCUCUCUCUACACAUAUCAGACCUGAAGACAGAGGAUCAGGGAGAAUAUCAGUGCUCUGUCCUGACUGGACAAUACACAAUCACACUCACUGUUACAGGCGACACAACCUAUACAACAAGCGAGCCUAUUAAACAAACACAGAUAUCAACAGCUAAACAGUCAGAAGACAAUUUAAUAACAGAACAGAAACCUGCCACUGCAGACUCAAAAGACAAUUCAGAAAAACAAGGUGAGUAAUAGCUGGU